AUGUUGCACACACCAUACGGAAUAUUCGUGGUGGCCAAGUGUGGCCGAACGAGGCAGAGACUUCGUGGUGGCCGAGUGUGGCCGAGCGAGGCAGAGACUUCGUGGUGGCCGAGUGUGGCCGAAUACUCGGCGUGGUCGAGCACCUACAACUACGACUUGGCUCCUAUCCAAUCAGAAGAAAGCUCGUUUCCCGACUACUACCACUACGGCUGGCUUAAUUGA